UCACCGGAAACAGGAAGAGAAUGAAUGGAACAAGGUUUCUAUGAGCGACUCUGUUAUUAUAGCACUGCCCCUGGUCCGAGGUCAGCAAGCCACACAUUUGUCACGGAAUGAGACGAUUUGGGGUCUUUCUUCUCCGCCACAUCUCUCGUUCCGCAUUUAAUGUGCUCCGAGUCACUAGGACAUGUUGCCUUCAUCAUGGCACCUUCACUGUUUCACUCCCAUGCCACAGAAGCACCAUCCCGGGCCACAGUUGCCCCCAUUGGAGGGGGGUGGGCAGCAUUGCUGUAAGCCACCAUAUACAGGACCUGAGAGGCCCUGAACAGAGACUGUUGAACAAACUGUAUGAUGGACUGAUCUCAGGACAGCGGGCAUCUUUGGCUGAGUCCAUCACUCUGGUUGAAACCCAGCAUCCCAGGAAGAAAGAGCUGGCCCAGGUGCUGCUGCAGAGGGUGCUGGCAUACAAGAGGGAGCAGGAGAGGCGUAAUGGAGGGAAGCCACUGGCCUUCAGAGUAGGUCUCUCUGGUCCCCCUGGAGCUGGGAAGUCAUCUUUCAUUGAGGUGGUGGGGAAAAUGCUGACUGGACGUGGACAUAAAGUGGCAGUUCUGGCUGUUGACCCGUCCUCCUGUACCACAGGAGGGUCCCUGCUGGGUGAUAAAACUCGUAUGACUGAGCUCUCGAGAGACAUGAACGCUUUUAUUAGACCGUCUCCAACCUCAGGAACACUCGGCGGCGUCACCAGGACAACCAAUGAGGCCAUUGUUCUCUGUGAGGGAGCAGGAUAUGACAUUGUUCUUGUGGAGACUGUUGGUGUUGGCCAGUCAGAGUUUGCAGUGGCAGACAUGGUUGACAUGUUUGUACUUCUGAUUCCACCAGCAGGGGGCGAUGAGCUUCAGGGUAUCAAGCGGGGCAUCAUCGAGAGGGCAGACUUAGUGGUGGUGACAAAAUCAGAUGGAGACUUGGUGGUGCCGGCCAGGAGGAUCCAGGCAGAAUACAUCAGUGCCCUCAAGCUGCUCAGGAGACAAUCCAAGUCCUGGAACCCUAAGGUGGUGCGUGCCUCCUCACAAACCUUUGAAGGCAUCCCAGAGGUGUGGGGCAAGAUGGAGUCGUACAGGGACGUCAUGUUGACCAGUGGUGAACUGCAGGGUCGACGAAGGGCUCAGCAGAAAGUUUGGAUGUGGAGUUUGAUACAGGAAAACGUCCUCUGCCAUUUCCAAAAUCACCCGAGCGUCAGGGAGACUCUGCCUCGCCUCGAGGAGAGGGUCACCAAAGGAGACAUCUCUCCUGGACUGGCGGCGGACCUGCUGAUCAAAGCUUUCUCAACAUCAUCAUCAUAAUGAUCCCUGCAACUGCACUUUUUAAAAAAGAUGGAUGCCUCGUUGCUGAUCAGGGCCACCGGGUGCUAACAGAAACCAGGACUUUGUGGUUUGCACAAAAAGAAGUGUUUAUUAUGAUUUAGUUUUAAAUUGGAGAAACUCUGGAGAAACUUUAAAAUGACAAAAGCAGAGUGCUGACAGGUAUGUUUCAUCCACUGCUAUGACACAUUUACAAAUGGCAAAAAGGAACAAUGUAUUUGUGUUCUUAGACAGAAAAAGCCACGUUAUCAUCCUGGUGUUUUAAAGCAGAUACCUGGUCUGCCUCCUCAGUGGAACACUACAGGCCGACAGCCGUUUUAAUGAGAUCAGCAUAGCUUGAUUUGAAAGGUGAUCUCACUCUUCCUCACCUUCAUCACGAUCAAAAUGAAACUUUAUGACUCAAAAAAAAAUAAAAAUGUCCAUUCAAGUGCUAGAGUAGAAUACUGGGAUGUGUUGUGUAACCACCUUUCAGUUGUUAAACUUCUUCAGACAAACUUUUUUUUUUUUACUUAGGGAAAGAACUAUUUUCUUUUUUUUUUUUUUUAUUAUUGAUUAUAAUUUUUCUGAGUGGAUCCAUACAAGAGUGUAGUGAAUUUUUUAAUACAUUACAGAAUAACAUUAAACCUGUCGCUGCAGUUG